AUUCGCAUAUAUACACGCCCCCGAUGUAAAUACAUAAAUAAUUAACGAAACUAAUAUGCAACACAUGUGAAGAACGUGAAAAAACACUGUUAUAUCAUGUGCUGCGAAUAGUUAAUGAUUGUCCAGUACAAAGCAAUUGGGAACAUUCAUCCCCUGCCACAGAAGAACAGAGUUCGGGUGCGACGCCCGCCCAUGGUGAAGGUGAAACUGCAUAGGCACAGAGUCUCCUCCAGGUACGCGCAGCAGGGCACUUCACUUGCAGAUAUUGUUGGAGCAGACAGACGCAGGAGGAGUCGAAGAUGGGCAACAAGCAGAUCAAGCAGCACCUGGAGACGGCACAGAAGACGGGCAUACUGAAGAUCUCAUUGCAGCGACUGCAGGAGUUUCCGCCCCAGCUGAAGGCCUAUCCGAAUGUCUUGAAAACGCUCGAUCUGUCCGAGAAUCGUUUCGAGCACAUGCCCGACGAGCUGGGCAGGCUGACGCUGCUGAAGCAUCUCAACCUGAGCGGCAAUCGCCUGGUGGAGCUCAACACCGUGGUGGGUGAGCUGCUGAAGCUGGAGGUGCUGCUGCUGAUGGAUAAUUAUUUGACCAGCCUACCCAAAACGUUGGUCAACUGCACCAACCUCAAGACGGUGAACCUGAGCAACAAUCAGCUGAAGGAGUUCCCCGCGAUGCUGUGCGGCCUAACCAAGCUGGAUGUGCUCGAUUUGUCCAGGAACAAGAUCACCAAAGUGCCCGCGGAGGUGGGCAGUCUGUGUGUCACCGAGCUGAACCUCAAUCAGAAUCAGAUCUCUUCGCUGGCCGAAGAUGUGGCCGACUGUCGCAAGCUUAAGACCCUGCGGCUCGAGGAGAACUGUCUGCAGGCACACGCCUUCACGCCGCGCAUCCUCAAGGACUCAAAGAUUUGCAUUCUAGCCGUCGAUGGGAAUCUGUUCAACUCCAAGCAGUUCACCGACCUCGACGGCUACGACGUCUACAUGGAACGCUACACGGCGGUCAAGAAGAAGAUGUUCUAAAGCCAGAAACCCACAGAACAUUUUUAUAGCCCCUAUUUUAUUUAAGUUUAAAUAACUAAUUUAAUAGCUUAAUUGUGUGCAUGCCGUCAGUGUAAAUCGUUGAGAAUAAACAGAGUAAAUACAA